GCUUUUUGCCAUCGACUCAUGAGAACUUUCAGUUAGUGGGCGCAGUGAAAUGCCGAUGUGUCUCACUGUGGUUUUAUUUAGAUCGUUUUUCAGCUGAGACGAUGACAAGCGUCAGAAUUUCCUUCAUCAGCUUGCUCGGGUUGCAUCUAAUAUUUUCUGUGGAUUACAGCAAAUGCAGCGUUGACACCGUUUGGCAACGAGCAAAACCAAGCAUCAGUCAUCUGAAGGCUGUCAGCGACAGGCAAAGCCUCAUGGUGAGCUGGCCGGUUAACCACAGUGGUCUAGUGGAUGAAGUUUAUGAGCUCCAGAUUGGCCGCACUGAAAAGCAAACCAUUGUUUAUACUACGAAUGUGACUGUAUCCUCUGGAGGUUCACAUGAACACACAUGGACGUGGAUCUCUGAUCUGCCUCUGGAGUGUGUCGAUCACUCGGUCAGGAUACGACAUCUCUAUAACCAGUCUGUCCCGAGUCCUUGGAGCAACUGGACGACCAACCCUGGAUUCAAGAGUAAGGACAUGUCCGAGAUAUUUCCCGCCGAGCAGGUGCUGAGGGAGGGCAGCAACCCAAAGUUCUGCUGUGUUCCCGCAGUAGGAGUCAAUAUCACGCAAAUGACCUUCAGAAACCAGCCAUACCCUCUUGAGAGCAUUGGAGACAGAGUCAAGGCUAUCUCUGUUAAAAACCUGGAGAUUCCAGAGGGACUCUAUAAAUUUGUGAUAAUCGUUUGCAGCAGCACAACAGGCAAGAUCGAAUACGCCUCUAACGAUGUCAGUUUUCCUCCCCAGAAACCCGUAAACCUCAGCUGUUCGACCUCAGACAUGAAAACUGUCAAAUGCACCUGGGAUGUAACCAGAAAACAAGACCAGUUUGAUCCCAACGAGCGACAACACACUCUGCACAUACAAAACUCAGGCCGGGCGCCCAUCAGGUGCAAGCUAUCACAAUGUACUUUCACAGCUGUGCCACAGCUGCAGGAAUAUAACAUCCGUGUGGUGGUGAAGGACAAGCUGGGAGAGGAGGCGGAGAGCUACAGCUUCAACAUCUCUGACAGAGUGUUUCCUGUAGUGGAGUUGACCAGAGUGAGUCCUGGGGUGACCGAUGUCAGCUUGUCCUGGACCGUGCAGGGCAACUUGGCUCAAAUGAACCCCGUCUGUCAGGUUUCUACAGUCCCGGGCCGCACCACAGAGCUGAACUGCAAUAAUGCGAGUGGUCUCUGUGAAGUCAGACUGGAGCAUCUGCUUCCCAACACUGACUACUACACCAGCGUACGUUGCUCCGUCAAUGGCAGACUCUGGGGAAAAUGGACACGAUCCAUAUCCUUUACAACCGAUCCGUUGGUGACUUUGGACUUAUGGAGAAGAAUCCAGCCGCUGUCUCACUCGGACUCUCGUCAAGUUACUCUACUGUGGAAUCCGCAUGUUGUCGGCACAGCAGCCACUGUAAAGGUCCAGGGCUACACAGUUCAGUGGUCACAGGAGGGACAGAACUGGACAGACAGGAGGGACGGUGGACAGAACCGGGCAGAGGUCUCCAUCGGACCAGGAAGGUGUGACUUCACUGUCCAGGCUGUCCUCCACACCGGCUCCUCCAUCCCUUCCCACGUCACCGUCCCACCGACGAACCAAGCAGAAAAACCUCCAGUACAGAAGAGGCUGAGCAGCACCGCGGCUGGUGGUUUCAGCCUGUCCUGGGAUCAGCAGAGCACCUGUGGCUAUACUGUGGAGUGGUGCAUUCUGGGAAAUGCAGUGCCUUGUACUCUGCAGUGGCUGAAGGUGCCGGCAGGAAACAACACAUUGCUCCUACCUGCUGGUCAUUUCAAAGCAGGCCUCAGAUACACGUUCAGUAUUUACGGAUGCACAGACGAUGGACACAAACUGCUGGAGACACAGACCGGAUACUCAGAGGAGCUCAAAUCUGUACAGACCCCACAUGCGGUUGAACACGUUCGGAGCACUUCCUCGUCUGUGACGCUGGAGUGGCUCUACAACGAAGAUGAUCCGGCUCAGCCCGCGUUCAUCACUGGCUAUCUGGUGACAGUCCAGGAAGCAGGAUCUGACACGAUGCCAGGUCAGGCUGGAAAUCUGUUCAACGUGUCGGUAGCAGACCCCUCGAAGAAGUCUGUGACCAUAGAGGACCUGCAGCCGAACCAACAGUAUGUUUGCUCAGUGAGCGCUCAGACUAAAGCGGGACCCGGGCCGUCGGCCAGCAUCACCAUCAGGACCACAGUCAACUACUCUGCUCACUUGGCCAAGAUUCUGGCCCCCGUCCUGCUGCUGCUGGGCUGCACCGUCCUGCUGUGGCCCCAAAGAAAAAUGCUGAAGGAGAUAUUUGCGUAUCCCACCGGCAUGAACAUUAAAACUCCUGAGUUUGACAGCUUCCUGAACGAGACUGAUCGGAGGUUACGUUCUCAGAAGGCAGAGGUGUGCGUCAGCUGUGAUAUUGAGAUUGUGACCACCAGAUCUCCUGUGAGGGAAACAACUCCACUGACAGACCCUGAGCUCACAGACAUGCCGUGUUCUCCCGGUUCUGGUUCCUCUCCUUCAUCCACGACGCCUUCCCGUGUGCCGCUCCAAGCUGAUUACUGUCCGCAGUCGGCCUUGCUGCACUGGGACAGGCCGACCCCUCAGCCAGCAAUGAGCAUCACAAACAAGAGCUACUUAUACGCCGCGGUGGAGGAUUAUUCUGAGCACCAGCAAGUCACGUCCAGCGGAAUGAAACCCGGCUUUGAACCGUCUGACUGUCUGCAGGAGUCGUGUGCUGUCAUAUAUGGUUAUAUAUCGAACGUUACUUAAUGAGUGCAUUAAUAAGAAAAAAAAAUUAAAAAUGGUAAAGAGUUGGUAGCCAGAAUCUGAAUUAAAACACAUUUUCUGGCCUUACUUUUACAUGACAUCACGUGUAUUAUUUUGGGUUUUAAAUGAAUGAUGUAAAACACAUUGGUUCAAUGUUUUUGUUGUAAAAACUUCUCUAAUUAUACAACAUAUCUGUCGAUGAACAGACACGUCUAUGUAAAUUACAGAACCAGGAUUUCUUUGUCAGUCAAUAGAAAGACUGUACAUGUGCGGUGCUAUACUUUAAGCUUCAUCUGUUAAAUACGAUUAAAUAUUUGUGAAAUCACUGUACAUUUGCUCGUGUAUUUUAAUAUUCAUUUUAUGUAAAAA